AUGGGAUCUACAUGUACUUCUAAUUCAGGUGCUUCAGACCAACUGUCAUCUUCUUUACCACCUCCAGUUCCUGCACACCUACAGCUUCCUUCACUACCUGAACCACACACUUUUGUAACCACACGAGUUAGGCGUGCACCAAUAGCUCCCGAUCCAGCUUCAUUACGCCGUCGUGUAGCUGAACAGCGUCGUAAAGUUCAACAGUCCUUGAUUCGAUUUCUGGGUCGUGUUCAGCCCAUUCAGUAUCUGUUUCCCGGUGAUGUAGAAUGA